UUUCUCUCUUGAAUGCAAUCCUUGAAUAUCCAAAUGGCACUGAAAGUCUAUGCGGAAGAGUGGGACCUUAGGAUCUGACAGUCUACACGAUAUGGGACCUCCACAAAGCCAAGGAUGAACGGUCCAGGUAUAGCAGUCUACGUAACCACUACUAGAAUAGAUGGGUCUAAUCACCCCUCUAAUUCUAUAGUAUAAAUGGCUGCGAAUUAUGAUUUAUGGCUUAGAUUGUUUAAGAGACAAGCUAGAUGGACAAUAUUAUUAUCUCAAUUGGGAGUUUGGAUGAAAUCAGAGAUUAUCUCGUCUUAUCCUUAUCUCCUCAUCUAAACCUUGUGGAACCCACCCACUAAUAAUUGCCCACAAGUGGGCCCCACAGGUCUAUGUCCAACAAACCCAACCCCACAUUUGCAGGCCAUUGAUCAAAGAGUAGGAUCCUUCAAUCUAGGGAAGUAUCCAGGGAAGCCAAUCUAUGGUGGGGCCCAUCAUGUCAAUGGUCUGAACCAGCAAACCAAACAUUUGCUCAGCUUGCAUUUUAAAUUCUUUUUAUUUGGCUUUGAAGCCGUAGAUAGAAACAAUGCUGAUAUUGUUAAUUAACAUUUGGCGUGAAUAACAAUACAUCCACAUCCUAAAAUGGGUAUCAAACACUCUUAAAACUUCGAUCACAUCACCUGAAUUUCAUACCAGUCAUUGGUGACAUAAAUUAGAGAAUGUAAUCCCACCGUUCAUCCUGCAGGCCCCACCUUGGAUGAACCACUGCCCGAAGAUCAUGCUGUUCGGAUGAUCCUAACCAUCCAAUCAUUUACAAGGUGUUUAUCAGAUUAUUGGGGUCGUCCAGUCAGUGCUGACAGGUAAUGGAUAUGGACCCGUCGGGCCCACUCGUGAGCAACCACUAUUGUGUGGGUCCCAUAUGAUUUUUUCCUUAAAGUAAUCUCUCUUUCCUACCAUAUCCUCUUGAUUCCUUCCAUUAUAAAAUAGGAGACAUUCCUCCUAACUUAAUCUAAAUGGGGAGAAUAUCCAAAAAGAAUAAAAAGGAAAAAUACCUAUUGCUAAUUAGUCCAGCCUUUAGAUGAUCAAAAUCAUUGAUUGUAGUCCGUGGGCCAUCUUAACCAUAUAAUCAGACUGGUGAUCAAAUCCUCCCCACUCCCUUGGUGGUUAGGCGGACCAUUGGACGUUGACCGCCCAUCUUCAGCUUUGUGCGAAGGUCCCAAGAUCAUGUAGAUACCAUCAAAUCCCGCGGGCCCACCCAUCUAGGCCGAUCAAUAAGAGAACUGCUAUGAUAAAUUCAGGCAAAACCAAGGGCAGUUUGUAAGGCUUCCCCUAUUCAUUAGGAACUGUAAGCCGGCCAACUCCCAACUGUCUUAUUAGCUGGUAAUUCAGCUUCUGAAAAUUUCAUCUCUCUACCAAAAUAAGCCUCUGGACAGAGCUCAAACUUCUCCCAUGGCUUCUCCUCAGCCUCUGUUCAUAGCUCAAACUUCUCUAAUGGCUUCUCCUCAGCCAGCCAGCAAUCUCAACACUGAUUUCUGUCUGCAAAUUGCAAAACGUGUCGGACUCAAGGAGAUUGAAAAAGGGUUGAAUUAUGUGUUCUCUCCACUAUCUGUCCAUGUCGUCUUGAGCAUGAUCGCCGCUGGCUCGAAAGGACAUACAUUGGAACAGAUGCUUCAAUUCCUGAAAUCUGAAAGCAUUGAGGAACUCAACUCGCUGUCUUCUCGACUUGUUCAUCUCAUAUCCGCCGAAGGAGCUGGCAUCGGUGGACCCCAUCUAUCCUUUGCUAAUAGCGUAUGGGUCGAGCAAUCAUUUUCUUUGAAACCCGCCUUCAGAGAUAUUGUUAAUUCCAUUCACAAAGCGGAAGCAAGGGCGGUUGAUUUUCAAACGAAGGGUGAUGAAGUGAGAAAGGAAGUGAACGCAUGGGCUGAAGAGGCGACCCGUGGGCUUAUCGCAGAGCUUCUUCCAUCUGGGUCUAUUGAUGAUUCCACCAUACUUGUUCUUGCAAAUGCACUCUACUUCAAGGGAGCUUGGAACAAGAAGUUCAAAGCAUCAAAAACCAUUCAAAGGGAAUUCUACCUCCUUGACGGAAAUAGUGUCCAAGUAGCCUUCAUGACCAGCAAGAUGAAGCAAUUUGUAUGCUUGUUUGACGGAUUCAAAGUCCUUAAACUCCCUUACCAGAGAGGCCAAGACGAGAGGCAGUUCGCAAUGUAUUUCUUCCUCCCCGAUGAGAGGAAUGGGCUGAAAGAUCUAGUACAAAAUUUGAGCUUGGACCCCAAGUUCUUGGAUCUGUAUACAAGGCUCAGGGAAGUCGAAGUCCGUGAGUUUAGAGUCCCGAGGUUCAAGAUCUCAUUUGGGUUUGAAGCAUCGGAGAUCAUGAAGGAAAUGGGACUGGUUUUACCCUUCUCGGAUCGAGGGGAGCUUGAUGAGAUGGUAGAAUACGUGCAGAAUUAUGAAGUGAUCUGCGUCUCCAAUGUGUUCCACAAGGCUUGCAUCGAGGUUACUGAGGAAGGGACCGAAGCCACUGCAGCGACAGCAGGCCAGCUAAGGAAGUCGUGUUUGUCUAUAGAUUUGAGGCCCAUCGACUUUGUAGCGGAUCACCCGUUCAUGUUCAUGAUCAGAGAAGAGGUUAGUGGGGCCAUAUUGUUCAUCGGGAACGUGAUAAAUCCGUCAUUGGUUGCAUCCUAACCGAUCAUUAGGAACAUUUCUAUAUAUCAGGAGGCUGGAAAUAAAUAAAGAUUCGAGCAC